UUCAGAUACCACACCCGUAACGAGAAGAUUCUGGGGACUAUAACCAUGCUGCUGUCAAUGUGUAUUGGAUCUCUCUUUCCAUGUUUCUGCGUCCUGUUCGGUCAGUUGCUGGAUGGCCUGAGUGCACUAGUGGUGGAUAUUGCUGAACAAGACCCCGAGCAACUGAUUACGGAUGUGAUGAAGGUUGACUGGAGGAACCUGUCCGAACAGGCGACCACGAACCCCCUCAAGGUCAUGAGCGGGGUACAGGGUGCUCUGGGUCUUCUGGAGACGCUACAGAUUGUCACAGCCGGAUUUGAUAAACUAGACCAGGACGUUAUACGGCUGGCUGUUAUCCUGAUUAUCAUGGGGGUUAUUGGCGGCAUUGCCGGAGUGUUGCAGCGUGUGCUAUUGGGCUACUAUAUCCGACCGUCCAUGCAACGUAUCAGAAGAUUGUACCUGAAGUCAGUGCUUUCGCAGGAGAUCGCUUUCCACGACCACCACACCGGAGGCGAACUCAUCGCCCAUGCCACGAACGACAUGUCCAAGAUCGAGGGGGCCAUAGGCGACCAGCUGGCCUUUUUCUUCCUACUGUGGGGUGUGACGCUCUCUGGCUUAAUCAUCGGCCUGGUUACUGCGUGGCAGAUAGCGCUGGUGUGCAUCGCCUUCACUCCACUGAUUGCUGGCUCGGGUGCUCUCAUGUCGAGACUUGUGUCCAAAUCGGUGAGUCAAUCUUCACAAGAGUACGCGUCUGCUGCAGCUAUGGCCGAGGAGUCGCUUGCCCUAAUAAAGACCGUAACCGCUUUUGGCGGUCAAAAAUCGGAGAUUCAACGAUUCAACGAUCAAGUCGACAGUGUGCAGGAGAAAGGAAUCAAACGCGCCUACGUAUACGCCUUUGGGACGGGACUGUCCCUGUUUGUGCUGUUUGGCUCGUGCUCGUUCAUUAUGUGGUUUGCGUUCGAUUUGGUUAGUAAUGGCACUGUGGGGGUUGGCGAUGCCAUGACGGUGUUCUACGCCGUGGUGCUGGCAGCAAUUGCGAUGGGACAGACCUUUUCAUCGAUGGAAGCCAUUGGCCAGGCCAGGUAG